AUGAACGCUGUUAACGGUAGCCGCCAGGCGGGCGUGAACCAGCUGGGCGGCGUGUUCGUGAACGGUCGGCCGCUGCCGGACGUGGUGCGCAAGCGCAUAGUCGAGCUGGCCAUCCUCGGCGUGCGGCCCUGCGACAUCUCCCGCCAGCUGCUCGUCUCCCACGGCUGCGUCUCUAAGAUCCUCACGCGCUUCUACGAGACCGGCUCCAUUAGGCCCGGCUCCAUCGGCGGGAGUAAGACCAAGCAAGUGGCAACACCGACGGUGGUGAAGAAGAUCCUGCGUCUGAAGCAGGAGAACCCCGGCAUGUUUGCGUGGGAGAUCCGCGAGCGGCUGCUGAGCGCGCGCGUCUGCGAGCCCCACUCCAUCCCCUCCGUGUCCUCCGUCAACCGGAUACUGCGGAACAGCGGCCUGGCCUGGAGCGACGACGAGCCUCGUGGUGGACAGGAAUCGUACCCCCAACAAGAAAUGCCGAACAUGGCGGACUACAUGCCGCUGAAGUCUCUUCCGUCUCCGAUGCCGCAGCAGCCCUACUUCGCGCACACCUCCGUCCGCGUCCCGCCGCCCACGGAACCCGCCCAGCUCUACGACCGCCGGCUCGCCACCUCCUGGCUCCUGGCCAAUCAGGUGCAGGCCCAGGGCCUCCUAAAGCCCUACCCGAUCUCCCCCUGGCAGCGAGUCAUGAUGCCCUACCCGGAUUCCAAAAACUUCUCCCCCUACGCCCUCACCCUCCACAACGAUCUGCUGAACAGAAUCAAUCCCGAUGACGUGAAAUCGGAGACCUCCGAGCACGUGUCGGUGGACGCCAGCGACGACAGCACCGACAGGCCCGAGGAGGAGCAGGAGUCCAAAGUGAAGGAGAAGAAAAAGAACCCGUACUCCAUCGAGGAGCUGCUAAAGAAACCCGACAAAAUGGUGAACGUCAACCCGAUAGGCUUCUCGAACUUCCUCCGGCAGCCCAGCGGGAGUAUGAUCGAGAUCCAGGAGAGGAGCGAGAGGAGUUCUCCGGCCAGCUACUGCUCGCAGAGUGGCGCCUCCAACGACGGCUUCACAGACUCCGUGACGUCCGAGAUUAAAGCCGGCAACUAACUAGUCAAUGUUAAGUUAACAUAUUAGAAGAUA